UAUUUGAAACACACAUUGAGACCAUUCGUGAAUGGAUUGCCGAUCUGGUUGCUUGUUCAUUUAAUGUCAUGGUUUUUAUUUUAGGUGUGUGUGAGCGAAAAAAACAUAAAGAAAACCCAUCCAUCAAUAACAAGAUGUUGCAGAAGCCUGGCGAGACAUGCAAAUCACUAAGCAGACUACGAGUACUUUUGAUGACAAAUUUCAUUAUAAAUAUGUUAAGGUAGGAAGACACAGAGACAGCUACUAAGCGUAACGUUCAACACCAUGUCAAAAACUCGAAAUGGUUUGACACCUACACGUUCCGACUCCCGACAUGGCCGGUCGAAUUCGUUUCCCGACAAAAUGGCGGACUCUUUAGAACCACCGACGAAGCCUACUCAAAAGAGGCGAAGCUUUGAUGUCACGGCUACGACAGCCGGACAAGAUCCUCUUCAGGAUGGCAAAAUACUGGUUCUAAAGGUUAUUGGAAAAGUGAAUUUACGCAUCGAGAGAAAAGAUUAUCAAGAAUUGAUCAGAAUAGUGAACCAAAUCCCAGGAGAUGUUCUAGUUCUCAUCAUGGACAACUUAUCAAUCGAUAGUUUGUACGGUGAUAUUCCAAGCAGUUUGGGUUCACUAGAAGCUCUUUUCAGAAAGAUAUUUUACGACCGCCAAGGACGACUUCCUGAUCAUGGGCUGUACGGCGACGAUUUCAUACAUCACCUUGUUCGUUAUUUUGUUGAUCUUCUUAAGUACAACAACCAGACAUUUGCGAGUGCGCGAUCUAGAGAGCACAUAAGAAACAUAUUUGACAUUUGUACACAAAUGGACGGAUCACUUUAUCAACGGCUUGUACAGAGAGCAGAGCAGUUUUCGAAGGUUCUAAGUGGCUUUGCUGAUCAUGCUCUGCUUGAAGCAAUAACACGAUCAUCUGCGACUUAUCACAUGAAGAUGGAAGAGGCUUUGAAGACAGAAUUAGAGCGUGCUGUGAGCCACUACAACUCUGCUCUACGAAAACUCUCUGAAGUUUCGUCAAAAGCACCAUGCAACAGUCCAGAGUUCUCUUCAGCCGUUGCAGCAAACAGUCAAGCGGACAUGGCUGAAAAAACUUCGCAUUACAUGAGAAAACUAUCGGGACAAACUAUCGAAGAUAGAUUGCUCUUCAACCAAUCGCUUUUAACUGCUGUACAGGUCAAUUCGAGAGACAAGCUUUUGAUCCAUGUCCUGAUAGACAAGUUGGAAGUUCGAAUAAACCACGAUAAAGAGGUUCUGCAGCUUCUUAGCCAGUUAAGAAAAGAAUUCAAAGUAUCACGUGACGAGCACGUGUUACCGCUGCUCGAGAGAUUUCACCACGGGCACCGCCUUGUGCUACAGUUGUUCGAUGAAUCUCUCAAGGGCGUGGUCAAAAAAGGUGGCGAGAAACCAGACAUACCCACCAUAACCCGUACACUGGCAAGUGGUCCGGAGUCUGGUGACGUCAGCGCUGUUGAAGAAGGAUGCGGUAGUGACACUGACGUGUUUGACACUGUCACUCAACUGGAUGAAACAGAAUUCUCCGCGCUGAGUUCUCCGAGCAGCUCUAAUGAAACUGACCAUGAACAGCAAAAAGAAUCAACACAAAGCAAAGUCCUACCUGAAAAGGUUUCUACACAAACACCGAUCGAUGAACAGUUCAGCUUACUCAAACAGCUGCAGGAGAAACAAAAGGAGCUUGAAGCAGCACAGGAAAUGGUUCGAAAUUUAUCAAAGAGGGAGAAAAAUCUCAUGGAAAGAUUACAAGACCAAGCAAAGAGACAGCUCAAAAAAGGCGGGAAAUUCGAGGAUCUCUCUGCAGGCGUGUGCCGACCGUCUCUUCUGGUAGAGCGCUAUGACAACUUGUAUACACAGACAAGGCUGGACGCUAUGGACGAGUUAGACGAAGUAGAAUCGCUUGAAAAGCUGGACGAGAACAGCGAUAUUAAAAACAAAAUACUCUUUUCAGUUAUAGUGGUGGCUUUCCGCACGGUACAACAUACACUCGCAGAAAAAAAACACAAGCUUAAAAAGCUUUUGGAUAUCCCGGAUGAGAAGACCAAAGAAGAGCACGCGCAGGAUAUACAAGACCGAAUCAAUGACUAUUUUCGAACGACAGGAGCACGGUUAAAGAUCGACGGUAUCAAAAGGGAGGUCAGUAAACAGUUGUGGGGCACGUUGUACGACUUUCCCGAGUUACAAAAUUGCCCGAAGUUAAGGGAAUACAUGGACGAAUGCGUACGCUUGUCCUGGAUGAUGACUGUUCAGACUCCACCAAUGAUCAUCGAGUAUGAAGCCACGGAAUUCUCUGAAAAACUUCAUGGACGAUUCAUGACCUCGGAUAUGACAUCUGUUGUGAUUAAGUAUCAUAUAUGGCCAACUUUGAUUGACUCACAUAGUAGUCACGUACUCUAUAGGGGUAUUGUGGUCACGUAACUUAUACGCAAGCAAGAUUUCCCCAGAGGAAGGUUUGACAAAAAUAUCUCAAUGCUAAAUUUCAAGAAAUUUAAAUAAGAUAACACUUUGAUGGUUCAGAAUA